CUAAUGUCAAUUAAUUUGUUACCUAAUUGAUGCAUUUUCAUAAUAUUUUUAAUAUAAACUUAUUAUGUACUAACAUUAACAAAAAGUUAUUUCUCUACAAAUAAUAGUAUGUGAUAUAGAUCAUUAAAAAAUGUUAGCAGCGAAAGUAAAUACUGAGACAGAAGAGCAGAAUAGGAUAAGAUUCCAAGUGGAGCUGGAGUUUGUUCAAUGUUUAGCUAACCCCAAUUAUAUUCAUUUUCUAGCACAAAGAGGAUAUAUGAAGGAGCAAACAUUUGUAAACUACCUGAAGUACUUACAGUAUUGGAGAGAGCCAGAAUAUGCAAGAUAUCUCAAAUAUCCAAUGUGUUUGCAUUUCCUAGAACUUCUACAGCAUGAGGCAUUUAGACGGGAGUGUGUCUCUGCUCAGGUUUGCAAAUUCAUGGAUGACCAGGCAAUAUUGUUGUGGCAACACUACACAAGGAGACGAACCAGGACAUUACAACCGCCUGACGCUCCAGCGCCACCAACAGCACCAAAUUCCAACCAGCACGGUCCACCGAGACAACAAUCAUGAAGUGGCCAUAAAUUGUAACUAAUCAUAUUCAAUGUUGAGAACUUUAAAAGAAUCUGAGUAAGACAGUGUAUUUCAAACAGGUGAAUGUGUGUGAGGUAAGUUAGAUUUUGUUUAUAAUGUCUACAGUAAGCUCUAUUCCCUUUUUUGUUUUCAAAACUAUUAGACGAUAUUAUGUUAUAUCUGGUUUUAAAAUAAAUUCUGGGUACGCCUAAAGCAAAGGGGGCGCAAAGUAAGGACUUAGAAAAUUUUUGUUCUAAGAAAACUUGGUAUACACUCCAAUAAUUGUAAAAAUUAGUUUAAGCUAAAAUUAAUUCAAUAAAAUAGGUUUUGUAAUGAGCAA